AUGAUUUGCCACUUACUAUUACCUUAAUAGGCCUAGAAUUAUUGGAUAUUUUAUUUCUAUGAAGGACCAUAAAAUAAUUAUGUUGCUUAAACAAAUAAUGUUUGUAAUCAACAUUGGCCUUUGAAAAUGUUUAUAUCUCAAAUAAGAUAAACUGGAAAAGAAAACUUCAUUGAAAUUAGGAGAGUAUUUUCUGGGAAAAUCAAAUAAAUUAAAAUAAUGGGAUAUUAUUUUAAUUCAUGUUCAAAAGAAGGCAUAUUUAUAAUGAGAAUUGAAAAGACAGUAGGGUUUCUUGGUAAUUAUAUAUGA